CGCUGGAAGCUCGGGGCAUUAAUCAACUCCCUCAUGAUGCUGCUCCAUAUUUCCGUCUUCCUCUUCUUUGCAGGAGUGAUCGUUUUCCUCGGAGAGACGGACAACGGUGGCCCGGUCUUUAAAGCCAUCUCCACUCUGUUCGCAGCGACGCUCACGAUCUACGCGGUCAUCUCCUCCCUCCCCCUUAUCUUCCCAGACUGCCCAUACCGCUUCCCGCCAAUGAAAGUCUUCCGUGUCUGGAUACUGCAGAAGAUGCACAAGCGCUGGCGGGGGAAAGCGACUUUCCGCGAACAGGAACUGGGCGUCAUCGAGCAGGAUACGGCGGUGGUCGAGGCGUCUGCCCUUGCCUGGCUGUUGAAAGUCUCGGAAACGUCGGAGGAGAAGGACGAUGUAGAGGACGCGGCGCUCGCUGCGAUGGACCAGCUUACGCAGAGCAACGAGCAGCGGAACGCUAUGCUCCGUGAAGGGAUCUUGCAUACGUUAUAUCGGUUGUUCAUGGACUGCGAGGAGGACGAGGAGAACCGCAUGGUUAGGAUCUUACCUGCUAUCGAGGCGCUGUGGAAGUCGGACGAGACUACCCCCGGAACGCAGUAUACGGCCAAAGAGCGCGUGCCGUCAGAUGAUCUGCACAUCGCUUUCUACAACAAGCUGGUCGAGGUUUUGGAGACGUCGCAGAGUCAACGAUUGCUGGGUGCAGCGAUCCAACUACCCAAACAGUUCUCUGGAUACCCAGUUGCCGAAUGGCCUAUCGCCUCGCGAUUAUCGAUUCCCAAGAUGAUUGACCAGCUCGAGAACGACAGAUUCAACACCGAGGGCGGGCUGACCGCGGCGCUUAAUCUCAUCACCAGAGUCUUCCGUUUCAGUCGUGCGGGGAUGGUCAAACGCGCCCAUCGAAGUAUCACUCAAGAAGACCUUCGACGGUCGAUCCCCUGCAUCUCGGAAAUAUUGAUCCUUUCUCAUUCUCCUGUUGUCACUACGAGCGCCCUUGCGGUUAUUGACGAGAUCUACGAAUUCUUGGAUCACAGCCUCGAUACCCGGGCGCCGUCCGGAUGGCUUCGGGAGAACACGAGCCUCUUCCUCGGCCAGAAGGGGUUGUUGACUGCGCUGCUCUCCCAGCUGUCGGUACACUCCAGCUGCCCUGAUCCAGAGAAGAUGCUCGUGCGCCAGGUCAUCGACUACGUCCUCCGGGAGAGAGAAAUCCGAGAAGACUGCCUAUCUUGGGUUAUCGCGCAAGAUUACCUCAAGGCAGUCACCGACGACCUGAGGAACUUU